AUGGCUGCACGGCGGGUGGUCCAGGACUUGCUGGUGGCAGCCGGAGAGCCAGUGGCUGAGGUUCCAGCCCAUGUCCGGAGGGCACUGGCUUUGGGGAUGGUGGAGGGUGUGCGGGAGGCGACGGCGGGCCACGUGCGGGAGGUGCUGCGGCGCCACGGGGCCGUAGGCCUUCCGGCCGCUGACCGGCUCUCCCUUCUGCGCUAUGUGGCUGGGGAUGGGUGCCAUGCUGAGCUGCAGGGUCUCCCCCUCCUGCCUUGCGCCGAUGGGACCUUCGUGGCCUUUGGGAAUGUGUCAGCCAUUGUCUACGUGGACACAUCUGACUGCCCCAGGGAGCUCCUGCCCGGCCUGGCUGGGUCCUUCCUGCCCUCAGACCUGGAGCCAGGCUUGGACAACCUCUUGCGAGGCAUUGCCAAGGCGGGUCUAUUCCCCAACCUGGUUCUACUGGACCCAGACGUGACUGCCCAGACCCUACGCUUGGCUCUGCCCCCCACCUGGACGUCCCAGUCUUCAACUCCAGUGACGUGGUGCCCAGCCCAAGGACUCCCCCAGCCCCCAGCCUCCUGGUUCCCAGCCCUGUGGAGAUUCCUGGCCCACCAUGUGGAAGACCUGGGCCCUCUGGAGGGGCUCGCUCUCAUCCCCCUGUCCCCACUGGAUUCCCCCAGCAUCCGUCUGGCUCCACUGAUACCCCAGUCUGGUCUUAUCUUCCAGGCAUGGGAGGACCAGUGCCUGCCACCUGCUGUUGCCUCUGUUCUGGAGGUCCUGGGUUGCCCAGUGGUGCCGCCGGGCACAUGGCACCGUUCCCUGUCCCGCUAUGUCCUGCCUCCAUCCCCCCUCAAUGCCCUGCGGGCCCUGGGCAGGCGGGGAGCUCCAAUUGUGGCCUCCCACCUGGCCUCGCUGCCUGCUGCGGAUGUGGUCACCCUCCGGCUCUACCUGGCAGACAUCCCAUCCCUAACAAAGCAGGACAGGGCCACACUGGCUGCUCUGCCCCUCUUCAUCCCACUGCCCUGCUUGGCCACCCCGCAGCCCACGGAGCUGGUACCGGCCGGUGCCACCCCAGCAAUGGAGCCAGAGCUGGAGCUGCCCAGAGACGUGGUGCUGCCAGAUGCCAUGUUGCAGUGCCGGGAUGAAGCUGACCGGCGGCUCCUGGGGAGGCUCCAGAGGUCCCUCAUGAGUGCAGCCCACGUGGCACUGGAGGCCAUCAGAGCUGUGGCCCGGGGCUGGGUGCUGCGGCACGGAGACAUCCUCUUUGCACAGAGCCCCUUGCUCCAGCAGGCCUGCAGCAAACUGGCCUUCCUGGAGACCCCCAACGGCCCCAUGUGCCCGCGAGACCUCUACGACCCCUGCGAGAGCACCUUGCAGGCACUGCUGGGCCCUGAGCGCUUUCCCCCUGCCGCCUUCUGCAGUCCACCUGUCCUCCGUGCCUUGAGAGCCGUGGGCUUACGGCAUGGUGAGGGGUGCCUGGUGCCUUCAGACAUCCUAGAGGCUGCAGCAAGUGUGAGUCAGGGCAACGCAGCAGCUCUGGACAGGGCUCAGGCACUGAUCAAGGUCUGCAACCGCCCCAAGGCACUGGCUGGCUUCAGUGCUGCAGAGCUUAGGCAGCUCCAGGCCCUGCCAUGGAUCCCUCGUUCCAAGUGCACUGGGAACCCUGGGCAGCCCUUCCUGUCCCCGAGGGAGCUGCGGUCCACCCAGUUCCAGCCCCUGGUGGGGCUUGCCAUGCACCUGACUGGCGCCUUUGUGCCAGAGGCAGAGAAGAAGCUGGGACUGAGCCAGACCCCACCACCAGAGAGAGUGUGGGAGCAGCUGAGACAGCUGGCAGGGUGCAGGGACAUUGGUGAGGUAGGUACUGCACUCCGGCCUGUCUACUGGCAUAUGCAGGAAAACUUGAAGACCUUUGGGGCUGCCCCACAUGAUGCUGUGGUGUGGACUGGGGCUGGGUUUGUCCUGCCAUGUGAUGCCGUGCUGGGCUAUCCUGAGGAGCUGGAGCUGGGGAUGCUGGUGCCCCAGGUGCCCCCUGACUUCCUGCCCUAUAGUUGCCUCUUCAGGGCUUGGGGGGUGGAGGCAAGGGUGAGUGAGAAGAGGGCGGUUGCAGCCCUGCACUGCCUGGGGCAGGACAUAGACAAACGCAGCUCCAGAGCUGGCACUGUAGCAGAAUUGCAGGUGGUUGUAGCUGUCCUGGAGUGGCUUAAGAGCCGGGGGCACCAGGGCGAGGGCACAGUGCCAGUUCCUGUGAAGAUCCUGGAGGGCUCGGGCUUUGCCCUCCGCCCGGCUGCCUCUACCGUGUGCCUGGACAUGGAGCUGGAGGAAGAGGAGGAUGUUCAGGAGGUGGUGCAUGAGGCAGUGCCAUCCAGCACAGCCAUAUUCUUCGGCACGGAGCUGCUCAGUAUGCGGGUGCUGGGGCCAGAGCCGUUCACGGCCUGUGGCCCCUCGGAGCCCAUCACCUUACGACUUCGCAACAUCCUCCGCGAGUAUGGCGAGGAGGGCGAUCUCUUCACAGAGAUUGUCCAGAAUGCAGAGGAUGCUGGAGCUACUGUGUGCCGCUUCCUCCUGGACCUCCGACGCCACAGAAAGGCCACCUCUAGGCUGCUAGACCCUGGCAUGGCUGCCUGCCAUGGCCCAGCCCUCUGGGCGUACAACAAUGCCCUGUUCACGGAGGAUGACCUCCGUAACAUCACACGGGUUGGGGCUGCUACGAAGGAGGGCCAGGCAGGCCAGAUCGGGCGCUUUGGGCUGGGCUUCAGCUCUGUCUACCGUGUCACAGACGUGCCGGCAGUGCUGAGUGGGGAGACACUGCUCAUCUUUGAUCCCAACGGCACCCAUCUGGGCAAGCACAUCCCCAGGGCUGGCUGCCCUGGCAUCCGCCUGGAUUUCUCCAGCCGACCACGCAUCCUCCGUGCCUUUGCUGAGCAGUUCUGGCCCUACCAUGGUAUCUUUGGGUGCCGCCUGCCUGAGCCAGGACCCUUUCCAGGGAGCCUUUUCCGCCUGCCUUUUCGCACUGAAGAGGAAGCUGUGACAUCACAGAUUUGCUCAGAGGCCUUUGGUACAGAGCGUGUCCAGUCCCUUGGCACCAGCUUCCUUGGCUCUAACUGGCUUCUGCUGCUCUUCCUGCGGAGGGUGAGGGAGGUAUCCCUGGAGAUGCUGCCAGACAUGGCCACCUCUGCGGAGGAUACCAUGCCUCUGGCUAUGCUGCAGCGAAAGGAGAUCCGAGACUUGGGGGCCCCUGGGGACCCCCCAAGCUGGGCAGCCAUCGAGCAGCUCACAGCCUAUGGCAAGUGGGUGCCACGUCUGGGUGCCGAGGAGGGGCAAGUCUUCUGCCACCUUCCCAUGCCAAUCACCUCAGGACUGCCAAUCCACGUGCAUGGGGCCUUCAGCAUCCUCUCAAACCGCAAGGGACUGUGGGACACGGCAGAGCAGGGUGAGUGGAACCGGGUGCUGCUCCGCAAUGCUGUGCCAGUUGCCUGGCUCCGGGCGCUGGACCACCUCCGCACCAUGCAUGAGGCAGAGGCUGUGACUGGUUUCUACCAGGCUGUGGCAGCCAGGAAUGGCCCCAGGCUCUUUUCUGAUGGCUGCUCAUGGUGCUCACUGCGGGAUGCCCGCUUCCUGCACCAGGCUGUUGUCAGACACCCCAAGCUCGGUGCCGUGGCAAAGCGUGUCUUUGCCACCACCCUGCCUCAUCCCCUGUUAGCUGUGGACUUGCCCGAACAGGUGCAGAGGGGCCUUGGGAAGGCAGUGGAUGCUGGCACCUAUGACUGGCCCCGCUUUUACUGCGAGCUUGUGCUUCCCAACUUGGAAGACCUCUCCGUUGUUGACCGGGACACACUGCUUCUCCAUGCACUGGAUAUGUCCCAUGAUGAUGUGGACAAACUCAUCAAUUGCCUGGUGCACCCCAGAGGCCGCACUGCCUCUUUAUAUGACCCUAAGGAUGGAUGCUUCCCCACUGGGGAUGCCUUCCUUUCCCCGGAAAGACUAAGCCAACUGGAGAGGCUGGGCAUGGUUAAGGACACAAUGCCCCUGCCACAGCUGCUGGAGCGGGCAAAGACAGUGCAGCUUAUCUGGACUGAGGACCGUGCCCAGGGCUGCCAGAGGGCUGCCUGCAUCCUUGAGCUGCUUCGGGAUGCAGUGGAGGAGAGGGUGAACAACACCACGCAGGCAGCUUUCCAGACUGUUCCCUUCCUCCCUGGUACACUGCCCACUGGCGAACAUGUGCUGUUGCCAGCUGCCCAGCUCUACCAUCACCUCCAUGCCCCACUAGUGGGACUCAUCCACCCUAUCUUGGCUCCUAAAGUGCUGGGAGAAAACUUCAGCCUCCCCAAGGAAGUUGCAUCCUUCCUGGGGCUGGACCGGCAGCUACCAGCAGCUACAGUCCUUGAGCAGCUGCAGGCACUGAGAUGUAGCUCCAAUGCUCUCCCUUUGGAGAACCUGCAGGACAGCACCAACUGCUGCUACAGGUACCUGCACAAGCUGCUCCGGAGAGAUCACGCCAGCUGGGUUGAGGUGGCUUCUGCAGUGGCCCAAGGGGAGCCCUUCAUCUUGGUGGGCUCCCGCUUUGUGCCGGUCAUGGCUGUGGCUGAGACGCUGUCAUUUGAGGCUGUCCCAUAUCUUCACCAGCUCCCAGAGCAGUACCGGCCCUACAGCCAACUCUGGGAUUGCGUGGGGCUGCGCCACACAUUCACCUGGGAUGAUUAUGCCCAAGUGCUCUGCAUCCUGGCAGAGAUGCAUGCUGGAGAGCCACUGCCUGCUGCAGAGCUGGCUCUGGCCUUGCGGCUGGUGUCUUGUGGCUUGAUGGCAGAUGACAAAAAGCCAGAUGCCUAUCAGACCCAGCAACUCUUUCUACCUGACCAGGAUGGCAUUUUGCGUCCACGGGACAAGCUCCACUUCAUCGAUACGCCAUGGAUGCCAGUGGACAGAGAUGUCCUGCUGUGCCAUGAACAGCUGUCCCGAACCACAGCCCUGUGCUGUGGGGUGCCUACCACACGCCACCACGCACUGGAGAGGAGCCGACUGCUCACUGCAGAUCUGAACCUCUGGGCACAGCCAUUUGGUGCCCAUGAAGACUUGACUAUACGCCUGAAGAACAUCUUGCAUGCGUAUCCAGCAUCCGCUCGUGAUAUGGUGACAGAGUUGCUCCAGAAUGCGGAUGAUGCUGGUGCGAGGCUUGUGCACUUUGUGUGGGACCGCCGGCACCACCCAGCGGAUGCCACUUUCAGUGAGAAUUGGAACUCCCUGCAGGGCCCUGCCCUCUGCAUCUACAAUGACAGGCCCUUCCAGCAGCAGGACAUUGAAGGCAUUCAGCGUCUGGGGGUGGGUGGCAAGCAAGGCCGGCAGGAUGUCACAGGCAAAUAUGGCCUUGGCUUCAACACUGUCUUCCACUUUACUGACUGCCCAGCCUUCCUUACUGGAGACAGUACCCUGUGUGUUUUUGAUCCCCAUCUCUACUACGUGCCUGGAGCCACAACCGAGAGUCCUGGUGGGAUGUUUGCUGUCACCCCCAGUUUCAAGAGAACCUUUCCAGAUAUUUAUGGCACCUUCCUACCCUCCUUCUUCAACCUGAACGAGGGUGUCCUUUUCCGGCUGCCCCUCCGCACUGCAGCUGGGGCUGCCAACUCCAGCGUGUCUGACAUGGUUGUGCGGGACCAAGACAUCAUAGCCAUGGAGGAAGUACUGGCUGAGGAAGGUGAGAACUUGGUGCUCUUCCUCCGGCACCUCCACACCGUGGUCUUCUCUGAGAUCACCCCAGAUGGGGAGCAGGUGUCGGAGAGGCUGCGGGUGGCCACAGAGCUGGCAGAUGGUGAUGCAGAGCUGAGACGGGAUUUUCAAGAGAGAUUGAGCCAAGCCAUGGAUGGAAACAGCCCCACCUCUGUCUCCUAUAUCAUGACAGUCAAAAACAGCAAGACCAGGGCCAGCACUGUGUGGAGGGUGAUCUCCCAAAUUGGGGUGCAGGAGGGGGCUGAGGAGUCGCCAGUGGGUGGGCAGCUGCCCUAUGGGGCUGUGGCUGCCUGCCUGAAGCCAUUGGGCUUGAACGAAGUCAUGGGCAAAGCUUUCUGCACCCUCCCACUGCCGCUGACCACAGGGCUGCCUGUGCACAUCAAUGCCAACUUCUCUGUGGACGCAGCCAGACGCAUUCUCCACCAGGACACAGGCAGCACAGAGGCAGCCUGGAAUGGCUUCUUGCUCCAGCACUUGGUGGUUCCAUUAUACUGUGCCUUUCUCACCAGGCAGUGGAAAGCCCUGGGGCCUGAAGAGCUCCAGUUCAAGUCCCUGAAGGUCUGCCAGGAGCACCUGGCCUCCCACUACCUCUGUUUCUUCCCUGCUGUGACAAAGGUGCUACCUACCUUUCAGGACCUGGUGAGGGAUAUCUAUAGGCACCUCAGUCAUGCACGCCUGCCCCUGGUGCCUGUGUACCACGUGAAGCCCCCUGAUAGCAUGGUGACAAUGACCUGGGCAUGUCCAGGUGGUGGAGAUGUGCUAACAGAGCCAUACUUCCUCGAGGUGAUGCCUAAGCCAGAUCUCCAGGAGGUGCUGCAGCACCUGAAUAUGAACCUGGUGCCACCAUUCGCCCACCUGUGGCAGAUCUAUGAGGGGUUCAUUGAAGCGCAUGUGGAGGCUGUUACCUUGCAGCCAGCCUCUCUCCGGCGCUUCCUCAAGCCCAUGCGGAAUGUGAACGAGGAAGAGCUGGAAGGCCUGCCCUUGCUGGCCACACAAGAUGGCUGCCUGCAUGCCCUCAGCAUCCACCAGCCAGUCUUCCACAACUCCUUUGCACACCUCUUCCCCCACCACUGCCACCGCUUUGCCGACAAGUUAAUUUCUGACUUGACCCUGCCUCGCUUUGUGAAGGAGCUUGGCCUCCUGGAGGCCACACCACUCAUCCAGGAGGCACUGGGUCAGCUGAACUGGACCACACAGGGGGAGAAGUGGCUCAAGGAUCUGUGGGAGUUCUUCAGAACUGUGAUCUACAGAGCCACGAAGGCCGAAAAGGAGGUGGCGGCGAACAUGAACUUAUUCAUGGAUCAUCUUCAGGAUGUGGUGGUGCUGCCUGUUCAGGGGGGUGAGACAGGCUCAAAGCACCUCCUGCCACUAUCCUCCCUCCCCAAAGUUCUUUUUGAGUGUGACACAGAGGUGGCCAAGGUGCUGCACACACUGGGCAUCCCUGUGCUCCAGAAGUCCCUGCUGCCUCUUGACUUUACCUACCAUUGCCUGAGGACAAGGGCACUGCAGGCCACAGAUCCCAGGGCUGUGCUGGCCCAGCUGGUGGACACCAGAGCUGAUCUCCGCUGGAGGGACUUAGGUGAGUGGGAUGUUACUGGCCUGCUGCGCUUUAUGCAGGGAAAACUGAAUUCAUCGGAGCUGAAACAGCUCCAGCUCCUGCCUCUCUUCCAGAAGUAUGAUGGGGGCUAUGUACCUGUGGAACCCUACCGCAAGGUACUGUUGCUCAGCAGCCAGUUCCCAAAACUGCCUCUGGAUGUCCAAGCCCUGUACAACCUGGAGGAGGGCACAUUGCUGCUCACAGCAGACAAGAUCCACCAGCAGCUGGCUAAGGAUUUGCAGUGGGAGCUCACAAAUGACCAGCAGCUCUUCAUAACUGUGGUGCUGCCCCGGCUAUCCCAGCUCACAGUGCAAGAGCUUAUGGCAGCUGUGCGCUUGUUCUUUGCUCUGCAACACAUCUGUGACAUUAAGUUCAAGGAAGAUGUUGUGGCAGCUUUUCAGACUGUGGCCUUUAUACCUGACACCCACGAUGUGCUGCGCUGCGCCUCCUACUUCUACAACAACACACCCUCCUUCUGCACCCUGCAGCUCCAACACCGCUUUGUGCCUGAGUCUUUCUUUGAGAAGCUAGGUUACAAUUGGGAAGCUGCUAAGGACUUCCUGCUUCAGGCAGGUGUCCGCACCAGCCUUUCUGUGGAGGAUUUUGUGGCACUGGCCCUAAAGAUAGAGCGUGAAGCCACUUGGGCUAGGUGCCACACUGAAGACCUGCUAGCACGACAGCAGGAGAUGCUCAAAGAGCUUGGCACCCUGUUGGACAAUCCUUUGCCAAAGGGUUUCCUGAGGCAAAUUGCCUCAAUCCACUUCCUGCCUCCCAUGGACAUCCCUCCAAACUUGAUCAACCUCCACCCACCUUUUGCAGCCUGCACUAAGCCCGUGGCCCUGAAGGGCAGCGUUUACCACUGCCAAGAAGAUGUGGCUGAGCUCCUGUGGACAUCAGCCACCAUCCUGCCGAAGUCCUUUACACUCAAGCAGGACCUCCUGGAGGUCAUGGAAGUCCUUGUAGAGAUACCCACCGCCCUGGUGGUGGCCAACCUGGAGCAGGUGUGCAGGGCAGCUUGCCAGACACCACAGCAGGUGAACACACGGGCCAGCGUGCUCCAGAAGGUGUACAACUUCUUGCAGACCCGUCUGAAGGAGGUGGAUGCAGGGCGCCUCGCUGAGCUGCCUGUGGUGCUGGCCAAGUCAGGGGACAUGGCCAUGCCAUGGCAAGUGGUGACAUCACUCCCGGAUGAGGCUGACUUUUACCCCUUUCUCCUCACACCUGACCCCCACAUGGCUGUCUAUGGAGACCUCCUGCAACGCCUUGGGGUGGUCCUGCUCCCCACGCUGACUCACUACAGCCGUGUCCUGGCCCAAAUCCACCAGGAGAGCCGUGUCAGUGGGACCCUCAAUACUAUCCAGAAGAAGACAGUCCUGCUGGCCACACGGCACUUCUUCCAGCUGCUGCAGGACGCACUGGAGCCCCCUGAUUUCUCUACUGUGGCUGAGCUGUACUUGCUGAGCACUGCUGACUGCCUAGAGUCAUCCCACAGUCUGUACUUCAAUGACUGCGUGUCCUCAAGUACCUCUAGGGCCUUGGGGAAGACCUUUGUGUUUAUGGCUGAAUUGCCGGGGACGGGGUGUAAUGCCUGGUGGCUGCUGCAAAUGCUACCACAGCGCCUGCGGCCACGGGCCCUAUCAGAGGUGAUGGAGCAGCAGCUGGAGGAGAGCAGUCUGCAGCUAUGUCGCUACGGUUCUCAUUGCCCUGGGCAGAGGCGUCUGCAGACCCUCCUGGUAUCACCGUGGUUUAGGAUGGGGCUGGAGGCCCUGCUCCGGUGGCAGAGCUGCAGGGCUAUGAUGAGAAUGGAGUGGCAUGGUGACUUUGCAGUGGAGCAGCUGAAAGUACAGUGCUGCGAGGACAUCUGCACUGUUCUGGUCCACUGUGGUGCAAAGGUGGAGGGCAGCUCCCGGCCACAGGUCAUCCAUGUGUGCCCGGCUGGUGGUGCCCAGCGGCUCCUCUACAUCCGGCAUGCAGAUAUGGUGCUGGACCGGCACCAGCUGAGGAUCCUGGAGACGCUAGCACAGGAGAUCAAUAUCAUCCUGGGUGGACAGCUGGAGGCACCCGCCUUGUCAGUGCUGCGUGAAAUGCUGGUCUGCCAGAAGCCACAGGACGUGGCCUUUGUUCUGGAGGAGAAUGAUGUGGCACUGGUGGGUGCUGCACCAGAGCCAGAGGAGGUCAUGGCACCAGUGCUGGAGUCAGAGCUGGAGAAGAGGCUGCAGGAGGAGGCUGUGGCAGACGGGAAGCCAUGGAAGGAUUGCCACAGCCUGAUGUCAGAGGUGAAUGGCAAUGUGGAUCACAGCGUGGCAACCUUGUGGCAGCUGUGUGCUGUCAAGCAGCCAAAGGUGUUGCGGGACCUCUACCUCCAGCACAACCCUGCAAGUGCUGCCCAGCACCACUGCUGGCAACAGGAAGGCCAUGGCUCCUGGUUGUGCAAUGAGGAGGCCAUGGCCCUGACUCCAUCCAUCCCAGAGGCCCAGCGGUGGCUGCGGCAGGCCAAGAGUGACCUGCAGGCAGCCCACAAUGACAUUAGGCACUGCUGUCCCAACUGGGUCCUCUUCAAGGUUCACCAGGCCCUGGAGAAGGCGCUGCUGGCUGCCGUACUUUGCCAUGGUGAGGCCUUUGAUGUCCCAAUGGGGCUGGUGGGGCUGGCCCAAUGGCUGGAAGCAGUGGAGCCAAAGCUGAGGGGCCUGGCAGACGAGGUGAACUCAUUGCAUGACUGUGGCAUGGAUGGCAAGGCCACACAGUACCCAAGUUACCACCCCUUCCCCAUCACCCCCAACGAGGCCUUCCACAGUGUGGAUGAGGAGGAGGUACUGAAGCGGGUGCAAGGAGUGCUGGUGAGGCUGCAGGACCACGUGGGUGGAAUGUGA